GUGGUUUUUCUGGUAUAGAAAUUCCAAGAUCCGAUCAUUUUCUGCUCAUAAUUCACGUAUAUACAAACUCCCAUACAAAUUAAUAGACACUUACUUGAGAGAUAUCAUUAUCACUUGGCCCAGGCUAUAUAAGGCACUCUAAUCUCGAGAGCUUCCAGUCUCUUAAAAAAUUUUCUCAGUUAAUCAUCUUCUAAGAGUGAAAAUGAUUGGCAUUAAAUUGGGACUUUUGCUAGUGUUUUGUGCCCUCGUGAUGAGCAGUGUUCAACCGAGGUAUCAGUUGUCCUCCAGGAUUGAUACUGGUGUGAGAUUCAUCCUGGAUACAGAUGGAAGCGAAGGAGCGGGAUAUCGGAUUGUUCGAAAUGAUCGGACUGUGUUCGAAUCAACUCUUGGCCAUUUGGCUCCUUUUACAUCAGCCAUCGAUCGUGGGGAUAAUAGGGCUGUUCUCAUGAGUGGCCUGGAGCAAAUUGUCUUUGAAAUUCUUGAAGAUUCACCAGAGAUUUUCCUGCUUCGUGUUUCUCGCAAAAGUAUAAGUUCGGAAAAUACGAUAACGGACUGUAUGUCUCUCGGAAGAAAUUCACUGAAUUGGUAUGGUGGUCCUGAGCAAUUUUACCAGUACUGGCCAGUACAGAGAUUGACCCUAUCUAACUAUUCCUACGUAACGAAAGAAGCGGACAGUACUGCAAUUGUGGAGAGAUAUUGGGUCAACAGUGAGGGAGCAUUCAUCUUCCUCUCGGACAAAACUCCUCUUUUCGUCGAUCAGAAUUCCAUGAAAGAUGACCAUUUAUGCUUCAUUGCUCAUCAAAGACUUCCUUACAAUCCCAGAGUCCCAACUUUUGACUUUGAGUACACGAUCGGAGUGGCAAGUGAUGCCAGAACUGCUCAUAUGGAGGCGAUCAAUAGAUUCCUAGGGAAGCCAUCUGGUAUUCCCGAUCCAUUGAUGGCUACCAGACCCAUCUGGUCAACUUGGGCUAGAUACAAGAAAGACAUCGACGAGACCGUUGUAAUGAGAUUUGCUAAUGAAAUUGUUGAUCGCGAAUUUCCAAAUAGUCAGUUCGAGAUUGACGAUGACUGGGAAAUUUGCUACGGUGCUCUCGAAUUCAGGACAAGUAAAUUCCCAAACAUUCGAAACACAGUUCAACAAUUGAAGAAUAUGGGAUUCAGGGUUACGCUCUGGAUUCAUCCGUUCAUCAACAAGGGCUGUGAACCUUACUACACUACCGCCAAGGAUAAUGGAUAUUUAGUGCAAGAUCACAGCGGAAAUACUGAUACAAAGUGGUGGAAUAGUGCAGAGGAUGAGGCGGCCUAUAUUGAUUUCACUAAUCCAGAAGCUGCAGCUUGGUACACAGGAAGAUUGAGGAAUCUACUGGAAGUCACAGGAAUUGAUAGCUUCAAGUUUGAUGCUGGAGAAACUAGUUGGCAUCCAGAAGAUCCGAUGUUUGAUAUCCCACUUGAAGACCAAUAUCCACAAAAGAUCACUCAAGACUUCGUAAGGACAGUGACUGAAUUUGGCCCAAUUGUGGAAGUUCGAACAGGAUUUAGGGAUCAAAAGUACAAUGUUUAUAUGCGAAUGCUCGAUUUAUAUUCCACAUGGAGUUGGUUUAACGGACUACCAACCCUCAUACCUACCCUCCUGCAAUUUAAUAUGAACGGAUAUCCAUUUGUUCUGCCCGAUAUGAUUGGUGGGAAUGGAUAUGGAAGCGAUGUACCUGAUCGAGAGCUUUUCGUCAGAUGGUUGCAAGCAACAGUUUUCAUGCCAACUCUUCAGUUCUCAUUUGUUCCUUGGGAUUUUGAGGAUGGGGAUGGAAUCAACGUGGUAGAAGUUUGUAGGAACUUUGUUAAACUUCACGAGGACUAUGCGGAUACCAUUAUCCAGAGAUUCGAGAGGGCUGUGUCUUAUGGAGAACCUGUAAAUCCUCCUGUUUGGUGGUUGGAUCCUAGAGACAAAACCGCUCAAACUGUGUCUGAUGCAUUCCUCCUAGGAGAGGACAUACUAGCAGCUCCUGUUGUUAAGCAAGGGCAGAGGUUUAGGAACAUCUACUUGCCAGUUGGACGAUGGCAAGAUGGUAAUAACGGUUCCAUCUACCAAGGUCCUCGAUGGUUGGAUAAUUACCCAGCUCCGCUUUCUAUUCUUCCUUAUUUUAUUCGUUUGCCUUAAAUAGAAGAUUAAAUUAAAUUAAAAUAUUCCACUGGGAUAAAAUAAACUAGAGUUUUAA